GCUAAACCCCAACACCAUAAACCCUUGCCGCAAAGCUCUCUCCUUUUAACAACCAAGAAAGCGCAAAAACCGAACAGAUUCGAAUAGAGAAAUGGCGAUCGAGAAGUCGAAGCCGGCGAACCUCGCGCCCUCUACCCUCUCUCGCUUCAAAAGGAUCGUCCUCGGUUGGGAUUACCUCCACCUCCUCAGAGAAUCAAACAAGAGGGACAGAGCCGGCGGCCGGGGAUUGAAGCGAGUCAAGAACAGCUUCGAGGAUCUCGAUGAGUACAUCAAAGUGUUUGAGCCGCUGCUCUUCGAAGAGGUCAAGGCUCAAAUCACCCAGCAGAACGAUGAGGAAGAAGAGAGUAAUUGGGACAGUGGUGGAAUCGCUAAAUGUGUCGAAUCUGAGGGGUUUCAUAUGGUGGAUUUGGUAGUUCAAGAUGCUUUUCAAGGAGAAGUAUCAGAGAAUGAUCUGUUGAUACUUUCGGAGAAGGAGUUUACAGAAGGUGAGGUUCCUGGUGCUUACUGUUUUGCAUUAGUGGAACAUCGUGGUUCUAAAGAAGCUCUUAAGCUAAUUACCUUCCUAGAUGGAGAGGUCAAUCGGUUGGAUAAAGUUGAAGCUGAAUCCAGUACAAGGCUGUUGAAAAUGCUUUCAAUUCUUAAGGAAAGUGAUAAGUUUAUACGGGUGAAAAAACUUUGCAGUUUAUCAACUAUCAUGCGCGAGUAUGUGGGUCUACAUUCUGUUGCUUCUCUUCCUUUCAAGGAUUUGAUAUUAUCAGCUUCAGAAAAAUUAAAUGCUAGGAGUUUGGACGAUCAUGAAUGGAAUGUUCCUCGACCACUCAUGAGUUACCUCAAAGAUUACUUGAAUGAUUCUCAGUUAGAUGCGAUACAUGCAGGUCUUUCACGAAAGAGCUUUGUUUUAAUACAGGGUCCACCGGGGACAGGAAAAACGCAAACAAUUCUUGGGCUUCUCAGUGCUGUUCUUCAUUCAUCCCCAGCAGCAGUGCAGUCUAGAGGGUCGUCUGCUUCUAAACAUAGGUUCGAGUUGCCAUUGCAGGAUAAAUAUCGUAAUUGGGGAAAAGCAUCUCCAUGGUUAAGUGGUUUGAGUCCAAGAGAUCUGAUUGUGCCCACUGACGGUGAUGAUGGGGUUUUCCCUAUUAGGAACGAAUUGAAACCUGAGAUUGUAAAUGCUAAUCGUAAGCACCGGGUCCAUGUGCUAGUUUGUGCUCCAUCUAACUCCGCACUUGAUGAGAUAGUAUUGCGUGUUCUACACACUGGCAUUCAUGAUGAAAGUGAUCAUGUUUACAAUCCCAAGAUUGUUCGAAUUGGUCUAAAGCCGCAUCAUUCUGUGAAAGCGGUGUCCAUGGAUCACCUUGUGGAGCAGAGGCUUGCUGGCAUCGGUCACUCAUCAUCCGGUGCAAAACAGGGAUCUGGAGGACCAUUAGAUCGGGAUCGGAUUCGCGCUUCAAUUCUUGAUGAAUCAGCUAUUGUCUUCUCCACUCUCAGUUUCAGUGGUUCAUCUCUUUUCACCCGGUUGAAUAGGGUAUUCGAUGUUGUUAUAAUCGAUGAAGCUGCACAAGCAGUGGAACCAGCAACUCUCAUCCCUCUAUCCCAUGGGUGCAGACAAGUAUUCCUGGUUGGUGACCCGGUUCAAUUGCCAGCUACUGUUAUUUCCCCAACCGCUGAGAGAUUCGGGUACGGAACAAGUUUGUUCAAGAGAUUCCAAGGAGCUGGUUUUCCUGUACAGAUGCUGAGAACUCAGUAUCGCAUGCAUCCAGAGAUAAGCAUCUUUCCAUCACAAGAAUUUUAUGAUGGCUCUUUAGAAAAUGGAGAUUCGGUCGAAAAGCAAACAAAAAGAGUUUGGCAUGCGUACCGUUGCUUUGGACCAUUUACUUUCUUUGAUAUAGAUGGAGUUGAAUCCCAACCAACUGGAAGUGGUUCCUGGGUAAAUGAAGAGGAGGCUGAUUUUAUAGUUCUCUUGUAUCACAAAUUGGCUGCUCAAUAUCCAGAGCUGAAAUCAGGCUCACAACUUGCUGUUAUUUCCCCAUAUAGACAUCAAGUGAAGCUUCUACGUGAACGCUUUCGUGCUACUUUUGGAAAGCAGUCAGAUCAAGUAGUGGAUAUAAAUACUAUUGAUGGUUUUCAGGGUCGAGAAAAAGAUGUUGCUAUCUUUUCCUGUGUUAGAUCCAACGAAGGUAAAGGAAUUGGUUUUGUUUCUGAUUUCCGGAGAAUGAACGUGGGUAUCACUAGAGCAAGAUCCUCUGUGCUGGUGGUGGGGUCUGCAUCAACACUAAUGCAGGAUGAUCAUUGGAGCAACCUAGUGAACAGUGCAAAAGAACGUGGUUGUUAUUUCAAGGUUUUGAAACCCUAUUCCUCAUUUUUUAGUGACUCCAAUUUGGAGUCACUACGAGUGAAGUCAAAGGUGGAUUUAGAAAAGAAACUACAGGAAAUAAAGGAUAAUUUGGCGAAGGUAGAACAUGAAGCUGCUCAUCAGGACGAGGGUAAUAACGAUCAGGAUUUUGGUAUGGAUGUCGAUGAUGAUGGAGGAGGCUUUGAUGAAGACUAAAGUAUGAAAUAACUGUUUCAGGUUUCUAAUCAGAAUAACCCACAAGUUCAAAGAAUAUACUGAUUUAUGAUGGCAGAAUCAGCUCUCGUGUAGAAAUGUUGCCCGAGCUAAGUUCAGUUUGCACUUGGCAGUACCAGCUGAAGAUGGUCUACUCGCUCUAAAUUUAUAGCUUUUGAUGAUUUUAUAAUUUUGUGUUUCUUUCAUCAAUAUUCAUUAAUGCUAACGUGUGAACUUUGUAUUCAAACAUUUAGUAAAGAUAGCGUUUCUUCUAGAAUCCAAAUUUCAUUGUUGGCGAGCUGAAGGCUGAAUGUAACAGUGCUGUUGUUGAAGCUUGCGUAAGUGUAGCAGAACUUGCGACUGAAUAUAGUUGGAAAUGACAAGAUAUACAUGAAAGACUUUUUGUUUUCUACAA